UGGAAAUUUGUGUUGCAGAUAGAUGAGGAACCAACAAAAAAGGGUCCCAGGAUCUGACACACGUUAUCUCAAACUUAGUGUCCAUCCACCACUGCUGACCCUUUUCCAACCUGACUCCACCCCUGAGGGACGCAGGUCAACCUUGACCAAUGACUUUUAAGUACCAUGGAGAAUGGGGGGCAGACUUCAGCAGUAAAGAAUAAAAGGCCACGGAGAGAAGCAGCCGCACAUAUCUGCUUCUGACACAGCUACAAUCACCAGCAAGCUCUCAGACCUGACAUCAUGGUGCAUUUUACUGCUGAGGAGAAGGUUGCCAUCACUAGCCUGUGGAGCAAGAUGAAUGUGGAAGAGGCUGGAGGUGAAGCCUUGGGCAGACUCCUCGUUGUUUACCCCUGGACCCAGAGAUUUUUUGACAACUUUGGAAAUCUAUCCUCUCCCUCUGCCAUCCUGGGCAACCCCAAGGUCAAGGCCCAUGGCAAGAAGGUGCUGACUUCCUUUGGAGAUGCUAUUAAAAACAUGGACAACCUCAAGACCACUUUUGCUAAGCUAAGUGAGCUACACUGUGACAAGCUGCAUGUGGAUCCUGAGAACUUCAGGCUCCUAGGUAAUGUGAUGGUGAUUAUUCUGGCUACUCACUUUGGCAAGGAAUUCACUCCCGAAGUGCAGGCUGCCUGGCAGAAGCUGGUGUCUGCUGUGGCCAUUGCCCUGGGCCACAAGUACCACUGAGUUAUCUUCCAGUUUGCCGGUGUUCCUGUGACCCUGACACCCUCCUUCUGCACUUGAAUACUGGGCCUGGCCUUGAGAGGAAGGCUUCUGUUUAAUAAAGUACAUUUUCUUCAGUAAUCAAAAA